UAUCAAUUAAAGAUUUCGAGAUCUGCUGUCUUCCGUACUACACUAGUACUGACCUAUAGACUAACUCAUGAUAGAAUCACUAUUAUUUUCAUUUCUUUUAUCUUCUUUUACGCUUACUGAUAGAUGGAAUCCCACUUAGGGGUUCCUCAAUGCCUUCUAGAGCUGCGCCGGUCGCGUCGCGUCGGUCAUCCGGCGCGACCCUCCCAAUGCCUGUAUGCAAAGAGCCUCUGAAGCCCAGUCAUGACAAUUCCAAUGCCAGCUCUAGUCAGAAGUCCAACAGCGCUGUUGAGACCUUAGAAGAUUUACUGAAACCUUCAAUUGUUGUCAAGCCACAUCCCCCAAAGCUAUCUGUCCAACCACGCAGUCUUCAACCUUUGAUGCUUCUUCCUCGAGAAUACCUCCAGCUAUCGUACCUUGACCUAUCUGUGCCAAAUGGAAGUUUCGAAUACUCCCGCUUCUUUGAGUCGAGUAUCAAAAUUCUCGAUCUCGAAGGCCGUUUCGGAUCUCGCCCUGUUGUUCUCAUCGCUCGACUAGAGUCCGAUAAGUCUAUCUAUGCGCUGGAGCGACAGAAGGGUGGCUUAUAUACUCUCUGCCACAUUGGCUCUUGGGUGGACCUCCAGGACCUCGAGAAGGUUGCUACAGUGUCUUUGCCCCAACUAGUUAAAAAGGAGACCACUACUUCGAAAGAUUCUCGCCCUCCUCCUGUACCCCCAUUGACUACCCCUCAAUUGCACCAUGAGACAAAGAAGAGGAGACUUGCGAUCGAAGCUUUAGAGUCAAUCGUAAAGAAGCCCGUAAGGCCUCGUUCGGCGUCAAGUACAUCCCAGCUUCUACCCGUGGGACCGCCCACACCUGGACAACCCGGUACCGAAUCUCAAGUUGAAAGUGCGCGUAUUCUUAGGGAUGAACUACCCACUGGCGUACUUGAGGCUCAAAGGGAAAGUCAAGCGGCGAAGGCACCCGAGGUAGACGAUUUGUUGAAUGCGCCCACUGCAGGAGUCAUAUUUGAAAAUAUCAGGAACCAGUAUUUUGAGUCCCUCUAUCACUCAAUGGGUUCCCUUGGAUAUUUUGCGAAAGGACCUCUAUCUCGAGCACGUGCCGCCUUUCAUCUCGACUGUGAUUCGAACCUUGAGAUGAGCGACCUGAUAGGAUUUUUGAGGAGCCUUGUUAUGACGACAGCGCAGAUCGACAAGAAGUACCGGGAGACAAUUCCGGGGAUAAUCGCCAAGAUGAAGCCCAUGUUUGAAGAUUCCGACGCUGAACAGGCGAACGCCAAGACCAAGAAGCGAAAAGUCAAGAAAAUGAAGCUUGGUAAAGACGGCCUGUAUCCGAUGGAAGACGAUCGUAUCAGGAAAUGGUGGGAUGCUCGUAAACCACAGUCGAAACGCGAUGAGGAUAUGACAACGACUGAUACCGAGUCUCACGAAACCAAGCUUCAAAUAGCCUGGCUACGGUCCAGGGAGACCCAAUUACAGAUGAUCAUCAUCCUCGAGAUCCUUGCAUUAGAACCAGUAGUGGCAUCUCGGAAUGAAGGAGAUUCUCAGCUCCCAGGCCUGCCUGGCCUUGAGCCGACAGCGGAGCCGCCUAAGGAAACCCCUCCUAAGAAAGGCAAAGGCCGUAAUAAUCUACCACUACUUGUCGAUCUUCAUGCGGAUCGACUAUGUAUCUGGCAGUCCACUUCGCUGGACGGGGUUAAGUUCCUCGCUGGCCAGGAGAGUCAGGAACAAAACACUCAGAAAGCGCUAGACCCUUUGAAGGAUUUCUGUGUCGAUAUUAUCGUCCCAUUCUUCUCUGCAAGGUUGCCAGAACAGUCCGACAGCAUUAGCCGUAAGUUGGGUGGGCCGCUUAUGAUGCCGCCGCCGCCCAAACCUAAGGUGAAGAAGCCGGAGCCUGUGCCGAAACCGAAGCCAAAGCCUGGCUCGGCAGCAAAGCGUCCAGGGGUAUCCAAGUCAAAGUCUUCUGGAUCGCUUGAAAAGGUCCUCUCUAGGGAAUCUGAGAAGCACCGGCGAAGUAUGUCGCGCGGCCCGAGCGGAGUAAUCGCUUUGAUGCGUUCUACUACGACUCCCAUGUUAAAGCGGGAGGCGAGCGAGCCGCUGUCUCUAAAGAGCAUCCCCAGAGCUGAUUCGGCGCCGUUAAGAGAAAAGGCUCCGCGCCCGCUGACAGCAGCACCUCCCAAACGAAAAACUGGCGAGGAGAAGGCGAAGAAAGAGGCCCUAGUCCAAGCAGAGCUUCAAGAUGCUAUAUCCGCCCUCAGACGGCCUAACAGAGAUGUCGUGGGCAAGGAUAUGGCGGAGGCAGCAGAAAGACGAGCCAAUACUAGUCUUUCUCAGCUGAAGAAAGCACGCAAGCCGACGCAGCACACACGUCCCCAGGACAGUAUAGUCAAAGCUACGCCUGUGGGGAAACGGUAUAAAGAUGUGUUUGGCACGAGUGCGGGUCACCGACAAACUCCUCGAGGCUUGGGGGCCCACGAACCAAGCAGUACUCCAUUCUCCUUAGUUCCAUCCUCAGGGGCCAAAAAACGCACCCACGAGUCGGCGUUCACUCUAGAGAGUUCGCCGAGCAUUACCCGUUCUGAGCCAUUUCCACAAAUCAAAGCGACCCCGGUCAAGCAAUCAAGCCUUAAGCAGAGUUUCUUGUCCGUCCCCAAACAUGAUGACGAAGAUAUACUUGCGUCAUCGCCUAUCAUGUCUCGAAAGUCGUCGUCUUUAUCAUUCCACGAUAGCGGGAUCGGAUUCGAUGAGCUUGUCGAGACACCUGUUAAGCCUCGUGCUGUCCCUAUUCCGUCGGAUGGGAUCGUGGCUGGAACACCGACCAAGCGGAGGAUCCUCGAAUCGACUGCUGCUAAUGGCAGCAGUAGUGUUAGUAAUACCACCGCCGAGCCUGCUCGGAAGCUUUCGAUUUACGAAAGGCUUGGCUGGGACGAUGACUUAGACGAGCUUGGCUAAGUUCUGUAACGAGCAUUGGAAGAAUCUAUGUAAGGAUAGAUUCUAAGAGUUGCUACUGGGCACACAUGAUGACGAGUCAUGAAGCGAUAUGAAAGCAUACGAGGCGUUGAGGCAUUGUACUUUUUGUAAUCAUAGCAUUUUGGAACGGGGCAUAGCAAGCAGCAUUGCAAGCAGCAUUGGCAUGAUGAUACACCUAAUAAAUGAUGAGACUUUAUUUGCUAAUGUUGAACUUUGAACCUUGGGAUAAGGAAUAAGAGUUAUUAUUAAGGGAUCCAUAGUCGUAGCUAACAUUAGCAUGGUGCUUUUGGUCUGUGAGAACUUGAUUAUCUAUCACCUUUGAUGAAUUUGGACCUAAUCAUGGUUUAGGGGUCGAAGGAUCUCUUGGAAUAAUAA